AAAUAGUCGCCCGAUGGAAGCAAGGACUAGUCAUUUCUUACUCAGACUUCGCCAUCCACUUUUUUGUAUAUUUAUAUUUUACUACAGCCCCUGCAAAGGAAGUUGCAAUCUACCAUGAAAACUUUUAUGAUUGUUGUGGUGUUUGUCGUCUUCGUGGUAAUUGGCACGUUCGCCAAUCCUGUGGCACCUGUGGCUGCUGAUGAUCAAGUUGGUGACUCACACGAUCUGGAAACAGCAGAACAUUUACUUGAAAUUAUUGAAAAGAAAAUAGCUAAACUUUACAAGAAAUGCUUGAAACAUGGAGGCUGCCAACCAUCGUACGGAUACUCAAAUUAUGGCCAUUCGGCUGAUUACGGCCAUGGAUCAAGUUAUGGCCAUCAUUCUGGUUAUGAUAGCUAUGGAAGUGGCAGUCCAGUAUAUUAUUGAUGAAAAUCAUUUGCUUUUCGCAACCCUGAUUUAGGGGUCCUUCAUUCCAAAGUAGUGUUUGACACUGUAAUAUUUAUUUCCCAUGUUCCUCCUUAACUGAUAAUUAUUUAUUAAACAUGUAAGAUGCAAUACUUAACUGUGAAAAUGUGAAUGCCUUGCAGAGUAAUUUCAAGCAGACAUUUUGAAAAAUUUUUAACCACUCAGCUGGUUGGUAAAUGUGACAACGGUGUGAACGAAUACCAUUUUGAACGUAAACAAUGACGUGUUUCUCAUUUGUUCCAAGUAAUGUGCAAUUUAACAGCAUCACGAGCAAUAAAUGGGUUUCCAAACCUGUUAAAGUAAGGUAAUACUACUCAA